AUGUGUUUUUUAAUCAAAGCAAGGUCUCCAAACGCUGCAACAGGUGAAAUGCAAUCAGCGCAUUAUCCAGAAAUGAAAAUACCGCACUCGUUUCCUUUCACCACCCUUGCUCUCUUCCCCAUCGCCCUCUUCAUCCAAAUGUCUUCUCCCAGAGUCGCGAUUGUGAUCUACUCUCUCUAUGGGCACAUCGCCAAACUUGCCGAGUCUGUCAAGACCGGUAUCGAAAACGCGGGCGGUUCUGUUCAGAUCUACCAGAUCCCAGAGACCCUUUCUAAUGAUGUGCUCACAAGAAUGCAUGCUCCUCCCAAGCAAAGCUAUCCCAUCAUCUCCCCCACCGAACUCACCAACUUUGACGCCUUCCUCUUCGGUAUCCCCACCCGUUAUGGUAAUUUCCCUGCCCAGUGGAAGGUUUUCUGGGAUGCAACAGGUGGUCUCUGGGCUUCUGGGGCCCUCGCCGGCAAGUUCGCCGGUGUCUUUGUCUCGACGGGCUCACCAGGUGGUGGCCAGGAGUCAACCGUCAUGAACACUCUCUCUACCUUCAUUCACCACGGCAUGGUCUUUGUUCCUCUUGGUUACAAACACACUUUCCCUCAGUUGUCCAAUUUAACUGAAGUCCGCGGUGGAUCGCCUUGGGGUGCAGGAACGUUUGCAGGUGGUGACGGCUCGCGUCAGCCAUCCCCUCUCGAACUCGAGAUCGCUUCGCUUCAGGGUAAAGGUUUUUGGGAAAUCGUUUCUAACCACAAAUUCUAGUCGAGGACUAAGACAUCACGAUCACGAGUGCCUAAACCGGCUUUCAAAGUUAGAUUAGAUGUAUGAUACUUCUCGGAGUGGUGUAAAGGCAUAAUUAUAGUGCUUUGUAGCAGUCAGUAUAGUAACAGAAGUUUAAAUCGACCGUAUUAGUGCCUGGUAUUCGAAUCUCUAGAUUCCUGGUUUUGGAGACCGUC